AUGGGGAAAAUGUUGCAUGGCUUUGGCUUAGUUGCUUAUGCUCUUCUGCUAGUUCUAUGCCUUCAUGAAGACCAAUUACAUUGCUAUGCAAAAGUACUUGCGACCAGCUGUGACUUGUUUCAUGGGAGUUGGGUUCUUGAUAAAAGCUAUCCACUCUACGACAUCUCCAGCUGCCCUUUCAUUGAAAAAGAGUUUGACUGCCAAAACAAUGGACGGCCAGACGAUCAGUAUCUCAAAUAUAGAUGGAAGCCUAACGCUUGUGCAUUGCCAAGAUUCAAUGGUCGGGACCUGUUGAAGAGGUUAAAGGGGAAGAAGAUACUAUUCGUAGGGGACUCUCUAAGCCUCAACCAAUGGCAAUCACUAACAUGCAUGUUGCAUGCUGCAGCGCCCCAACCCAACUAUGCCUUAACAAGGAAAGCCGACAUCUCUGCGUUUUCUUGGCCCGAUUAUGAAGUUUCAAUUAUGUUAUCUCGCAAUGCAUUUCUGGUGGACCUAGUGGAUACAAAGGAAGGCAGGGUUCUAAAGCUGGACUCUAUUGAAAACGGCAACACAUGGAAAGGAUACGAUAUGCUUAUCUUCAAUACUUGGCAUUGGUGGCUCCACAAAGGAAGCAAACAACCAUGGGACUACAUAGAAGCAGGAGGUAAGAUAGUGAAGGAUAUGGAUCGUUUGGAUGCUUUUAGGAAGGGAUUAACUACUUGGUCUAAGUGGGUGGACUCUAAUGUUGAUGCUGCCAACACCAAAGUUUUCUUUCAAGGCAUUUCUCCAACCCAUUACAUAGGAAAAGAAUGGGACGAGUCAGAGUCAGCAACUUGCAAAGGACAAAAUCAACCUGUAAGUGGUUCAAAAUACCCAGGAGGAUCACCAGCGGCAGCAGCUGUGGUCAACCAAGUGUUGACUGCCAUGUCAUCCCCAGUAACUUUGCUGGACAUAACAUUGCUAUCGGAACUGAGGAAAGAUGGGCACCCAUCUGCAUAUGGUUUGGGUGGGGAUAAAGGAAACGAUUGCAGUCACUGGUGCCUUGCUGGUGUACCUGACACCUGGAAUGAACUUUUGUACGCAAGUCUUGUGGCUACUGGCUGA